AAUUGCUCUCUUUGUCACACCACUCCGACACUCGCACAACAAGCGGCACCACAAAGCCCUUUGCUGAGGAGAACGAAGGAACCAGAGCAACAGACACAAAGGAAAGGUGUAGGAGGUACAACAUGCUCUUUCUUCUACACAGAGCUCCUGCAGUUAUGAAAGCAAUUCCAUCAUGCGUUGGGUAAAAUACUGGCUAUGAAAAUUAAUGUUCCAUAAUAUAGGAUAAUCACUCAGGCAACAGGUGUAAAGGGAAUGCUUCAAAAUGGCACAGGAACACACAGAGGUGGUGAUAACCGGAGCAGGCAAAGUCAGCAACCUCCACAUCAAUAUCAAAAGGAUGAUUAUCCAAACUUUUCCAGCACACAGAUGAAGCCCAAAGGAAUUACUUCACCUCUGACCUCUGCUAAGCCCAUGGCUACUAAGGUUUCUGUCACCUUGGAGAGUGAUCUCAGAAGUUCUGGCUCAUCUCGCAUUCAAAAUUACCCUCUACAUCAGCAGAGUUCCAGCGAAAAUACAAGCAAACAGCAGCUUCAUUUUCAACAGCCCAGGCCAUCAGUACUACGCAAAGGCAACCAGCCUUUCCCACAAGCUGUGGCCUUUCAGUCUGGUGUGCAUGACUGGGUUGUGGGUGCUGUGUGUAAGACGGAGCCUGAAAGUGACCUGUCAGAUUUUGCCCACCUUUACACUGGCCAAUCAGAAAGCAGGCUCAGGGCCUCCAGGUCAGGUCCUCAGGCAAGCAGCCAAGAGCACACUGAAAAGCAUCGAUAUACUGUUCCAGAAGGCUUGCUGUAUGUUAAAGGACAAUGUAGAUGGCCAGGGUGCUUAAGGAGCAGGGAAGUGUUCAGGGAAUAUGCACAUUUCUUAAAACAUCUGUCUACUGAGCAUGCUCCUGGGGACAGAAGUGUAGCCCAGCUGAGGAUGCAGAAAGACAAGGUACAGCAUAUGGAGACUCAGUUGUCUGCAGAGAGACAGAAACUGCAGGCUAUGCAGCUACACCUGUUUGAUGUCAAAUCUACCUCUGAGGGUGGUAACCAUCUGGAGAAGACAGGACAUCUGUCAGGACUCCUGCAACCUGCAGCAUGUCAGAACGUUAAUGGUUUCUUUGACAGUGAGAGAGGGGCAGCUGAUGCAUUAACACAAGGAUAUUGGCAGAUCUCUACCUCACAAGUUAUACCAGGGAUUAUCCCCAGUUUUGAGUAUUACAAGUACACAAACAUCAGACCACCUUUCACAUAUGCCUCCAUGAUAAGAUGGGCGAUCCUGGAGUCUCCAGAGAAACAGCUGACUCUGAACGAAAUAUAUCACUGGUUUACGCGCAUGUUCUUCUACUUCCGCCACAACACGGCCACGUGGAAGAAUGCUGUUCGGCAUAACCUCAGUCUUCAUAAGUGCUUUGUGCGUGUUGAAGGAAGGAAAGGUUCCGUUUGGACAGUGGAUGAGGAGGAAUUUCUCAGAAGGAAAGGACAAAAGUUGCACAGGGACCAGGACAUUGGCUGGAUGGCACCUUUUCACCUGUUUCCUCUGAAUCCACAAGGUGAAUCUUACCAGAUAUGAGGCCCAUGUGGAAUCUGGUUAAGAUAUUGCAAAUUAUAUUCAAUUACUAACAAAAUAACAACUAUUUGAAGAAUUGUUCACACCUAUGUUAUUGCAGCUGAUGGGAUAAGUCAUCUUGUGAAGGACAGACAUGGUUGUUUUUAAGUUCUUUGAGAUUGAUGGUACUCUACAGAGGCAUAUUUUGAAUAAUAUAUAUAUAUAUAUAUAUAUAUAUAUAUAUAUAUAUAUAUAUAUAUAUAGCUUACUGCUGUACAAAUACAGUUUAAUUUAAUAUUGAAAACCAUGCUGUUAAACAAAAUUAUAAAAUAAAAAUUAUUAUUUUUA